AACUCUCUUGCUUCUUUUUCUUUUAUAUUACACAUUCUUGAUGCUUCAGAGGUAUGUAAGGAUUUUUUUGUCUGAAGAAACAAUGGAGGAGAAGAAACCGAAUCUUGAUGCUCCGUUUCUAUCCGUGAGACGAAUUCCAACGAAACUAGAGAAUCCAAUCGACUCGGAGAACACCAAGAAGAAGACAACGACGACCAGGAGGAGAAAAGUCAAAGAUUCAUGUCAAGAAACUGAGCAUGGAACUAUGGUUCGGUUAUUACAAGAUGACAAGAGCUUCGAUCAUGUAAUGGAACCAUCUUUAGUUCCACUUGGAAAGCCAAAGGAUCAUCAUACACUACUCCAAGAAUCAGACCUAAUCAAAGCAUUGGAUAUGGUUUCUUCAACCGCAAGCUUCUCUGUUAACUGUAGUACAAACGGAGUAAGUGAUGAGUUCGAGAACAAUGGAGGCAGGCCAAGCAGUGUAUCAAAAGAUGACGUCAAUCUUGAAUAUCGUGACCUCAUCAUGGCGAGAUUUUUACCAGCUGCUAAAGCGAUUGCCUUGAAACAGAAGAAAGGAUCUUUUAGAGACCAAGAAGAGAAGAUGAUGAAGAAAAAGAAAAAGAAACGGAUCAUUGCUCUACAGAGAGUCUCCAUGGCCAUAAAUCAAGAUUUAAACAAUGAUGAUUAUGGUCAUGAUCAUGUUGAAGAAGCAGUCCACUCAAGUGAGGCCAAGAAGGCUAUGUUUGGGUUCUUGCCACAGUUAUGUUCCAAGAACUCACUGGAUGUUCUUAAUCCGGUUCUUUUUCGGAUCAAAACUUGUCAGAAUGUUGCGGUAAGUUGUAGCAAAAUCAUAAACCCUAAAACACAAGAUUCUGUUUAUAAAACCAAACCAGCAUCAUCAACAAUAAUCGUGAGAUCAAACAAGGCUAUGAGCAAGUCUCAAGAAACCUGUCCAAUACCAAGAUUUUCAGAAAAGCUUUCCACAACUUCGAGGUUGCAAAGGACAUCGAGUACUCAGAUCAAGAGACAAGAUACGAGGUUUCUUUCGGAGGGGGUAAAGAGAAUGAGGAACAGAAACAAAAACAGGUCAGGGAAUAUCUCUGUUUCUCAACCUCCGUUGCCUAAAACUCCUUCAGAGUCCUGGCUUUGCCGUACACUUCCGAGAAGUUCGACAGUCAGCACCGUCGUCCCUGGUCAAUUACCCGUCCUUCUAUCCGGUCAAGACACCGGUUUGAGGAAGAUGAUGGAUCAAAAGUCUAUUAAAUGGGAGACGAUUGUAAAAACAUCGUAUAAACACCAUGACAAUGUACGCUACUCAGAGGAACUCACUGUUGUUCAUCCCUCUCGUCAACACAAACCAUAAACCGGAAUCUUCUUUUCCGGUACAGUAAAAUUUAGUGAUAUUUAUUUAAUGUUAUUAUUACGAUUGUGGUAUGUGUGUGUUAAAGAAGAAAAAUAAUCUGUAGAAGAGGUAAUAAAGUCGGAUCAAUCCAAACUCCGUGUCGGACCAGUUUGGGUUAGGUCGGAAAUAUAGUGCCACAUAUCAGCAUUUAUUAUUAUCACCACCAGUAUCUAAGGAUGUGUAUGUGUAUUGAUUCAAAC